CAGGGGGAAGCACAAUCCGCGUGCAGCCAGCGCGAGGCACAGACGUACCGACAAGCUGAGUGAAGCAUGACUGGACGCAAAAGAAAUGCAUGAGCGAUGACUGACUUAGUGUGGAACAAAUGACAGAAGACUACAAAUCCCCGGGAUACAAAAGAGAAGAUGCCAGCUGCUGAAAACAUAUCCCAUUUGUGAACUGAAAGAUGCUGUUAAUGGUGCUACAUCCAAUGGAUCCCUGAAAUUAUCACAUCAAGAAUUCUAUUAAAAGGAUCUCUUGGUGGUUGCCAGCAAGCAGGGCCCAGGAUGUGGCCCCCUGACCUUGGGCCUCCAGACGUCCAGCUGACCCUUCCUGGUUUUGGAAGUGUGUUUGAGGAUGCUGAGGAGCUUCAGGCGCCGCUGUCUUCUGGUGGCUUCUGUCAGUCCUCGAUACACUCAGGUGGCCUGGGGAUGUGUUAUCUCCCUAGGACUUCCAUGUCCCUGUCUUCGCUGGGUAGGGACCUCACCUCCCUGCUCAGCUGUAAAACAGCAGGACCCCACAUAGAUAAGACUAUGGAGGACUUAGCUACCACAGCACAUAAAGAACCUAAAAACGACAGCCAGAGACUCAGCUGUUACCCCCAGCCAUCCCUCCCUCUGUCCUACAUGCUCACAAGCUGUGCUACAUCUCCUCCUUUUGGAUCUCCACCAUCCUCUCUAUCCUCUUCCUCCUCCUCUUCCUCUUUAUUUUUCCCAUCAUCUUUGCCUCUCUCUGAUGCACCCAGAGGCAACAAGACUCCUCAUCAACAACAAAAGUUACAGGACGAGUAUCACGCCAUCAAACAAGAGCCUGCAGAUGAUUUCUCACCAUGUAAGAGGGAACCGUUUCAAAUGAACCAUCAGCAGGGGGAGCUGUUCCAAGCAGGCCAGCCCCUCCAAGGCCACGACAGUCAGGACAGCACGCCGCUGCAUUACCCAGGACACAACAGACCUGUAAGACAGGAACCCGCAGCGGACCAACAGGAGCAGAUGUGUCACUGGAUCGACUGUAGUGCUACUUACGGCAGCCAGGAGGAGCUGGUGAGGCACAUCGAGAAGGUGCACAUCGAUCAGCGAAAAGGGGAAGAGUUCUCCUGCUUCUGGGCUGGCUGCGUGCGACAACACAAACCCUUCAACGCUCGCUACAAGCUGCUCAUCCACAUGAGGGUCCACUCCGGAGAAAAACCCAACAAAUGCAUGUUUGAGGGCUGCCCCAAAGCAUUCUCACGUCUGGAGAACCUGAAGAUACACCUGAGGAGCCACACAGGAGAGAAACCGUACAUCUGCCAGCACCCCGGCUGCCUGAAAGCCUUCAGUAACUCCAGUGACCGAGCCAAACACCAGCGCACACAUCUGGACACGAAGCCGUACGCCUGUCAGAUCCCGGGAUGCACCAAACGCUACACUGAUCCCAGCUCGUUACGAAAGCACGUCAAAGCUCACUCAGCCAAAGGCCUUCAAGAGCGAGAGGUCAAGGUUCAGGUGCACACAUUGCUAGAAUCUGACAUUUUGAGUGAUUGCCUGGCGAGGCAGCAUCUCCACAGCUCCGCCUCUUCUCACCAAGGAAGCAGCUCACCACUACCCAGUCUAGAUGACUUCACAGGUGUGUACUCAAACAGCAGCAUCGUCCACAACAGGGGAAAUUCAGAGUUUCUUCCUCCAUCAGCAGACACUUGCUCCAGGUAUCAAGGCCUAGAGGGAAACUUUGACGCCAACAGUCCGAUGUCUUCACUUGCAAGCCCGGGGAGCAUCAGAGAAGGGAACAGACCAGCAUCGUUGUUCAUGUCUGAUGUCAGCCCGGUGAGCUCCACGUCAGACCAAGCAAACGUCCAGCUGCAGGGCUACGACAAAAUCUAUGACAAAAUCUAUAGCCACCAACAAGUACUCUCACAGCAGCAAUGUUCUGACAACACAAGAUGUGUGUAUGGAGAGGGAAAGGUGGUUCAACCAGCCAGUGACGGAGGCUUUGAACCCACCAGUUACUUCACAAACUCCUCCUCUCACUCUAUAGGGUUUGACUUGUUGCAGGACCUGCAGGGCCAGGCCGGGGGCGGUUACUUCAUGUCUCCCUGCUCAGAUGACAGCUUCCUCUUUCAGACAGGAGGUGUCGACCGCUGCCUCAACCAGAUCUACUCCAUCUACCUGGACUCCUGAAAAACCAAAGAAGUGCAUUAGAAUUACUCUGAAGACCAAAAGGCAGCAUGUGUAUGUUGUGGCUGCAGACUAUCACACUAUACUUUUUAUCCUGGGCUGAAGUUGUCAGAAUUUUUAAAAAAAACUUAAAAAAAGGGAGUCCUUACAGAACGAGGUGCAAAAUUGGCCAAAGGCUUAGCUGUGAACAUGGACGGUCAAAGAAGACUUCUGGUCAGUGUAUUAUUGUUAAUAGCAGUGAUUUAUUUUAUUCAGAGAUGACCAGCAUUUAUGACCUGGAUAGAAUGAGCGAUGAACUUUUUUCAAUGUUUGAUCUAUUGAAAAGUCAAGAAGCUUUUUCUCUUGCUCCAGUGUGCUCAACUCUAAGCCUCAAGUCCCCUUAAGAUUUAAAAAUCUAUAUUCGUCAGAAUGACAAACUCAAAUGUGGUAUUUCCCUACGGGGGCCUACAAGUAAUUUAUUUUUUUUUUAAAGAAGAAAUAUUUUGGUGAACAGAAAUUAUGAUCAUUUUUGUUUCAAUCGUCUCUAACUUUUUUUUUCAUUUUCUUUGGCAAGCAACUUCAUUUUAAGGUGUUACAAAGGGAAACGUUCUGAAUAAUUAUGUUAUUAUGGUUAGAAUAUUGUAUAAAGAAGUCCAAGUAAUCAAGGAAGACAUUGUUGUUUCAAAAAAAGCAAAUGACUUCACUGAUGUGCCUCAUGAUUUUGUGCAUUGUAGUUAAAAAGUGGGACAUUUUAAAUUAAAAAAUAAAUGAAUAACCAGUGCAAGGACGCUUAAACCUGAUGACUUAAGACGAGUGCCUUAGUCUGGAUCAUCUGGACUCAGCUCCUGCAUGGUAUUAAUUUUAAAUAAGUUUGUAUUGUCAAAGGUUUAUGUCAAAGUUGUGUGUUUAUCAGCAGGAAACUGACCUUCUAACCAAAGUGCCUUUGAAAAAUCACCAACAGCUUGUUCAUGACUCCUUUGGUCGUGUGCAGCUGCAGGAAGGUGGAACGUCAAGUAAACUGUAGCAGUGCUGCCACCAAGUGUCUGAAGGACUGUAUUGAACGGUACAGUACACUUGGGUAUGCAGUGUGUGCUAUUGUAAUACUCUUGGGACAAACAAACUGACACAUAAGACUGAACUAAAACAUGUAGUAUGUACCUUUUCUGCCAACAAAUAUGUUUCAAUAUGUGUAAUCAAACAGUGACAGUAGCAUAAUCUCAUUUUUUAAUACUGUCUUUUGUCAUUUCAUCACAAUGCCUUUACAUUUUUCUAUAUGUGUCUAUCAGUGUUUUUGUAUAGUUUUUUUAUCAGUGUUAUAUUCAGUGAGAGGGAGGUGUGCAUUGUUUACAAUACGUUCUGUGCACUCUUUUCUGUCUCGUCACAGAGACUUUAAGAAAAUGACCAACCAGAAAAUGUUUACACUGAUUUUUGUAGCAAUCCAGAGAUUUCUUAUAAAUGUUUUUUUAACAGUGUAUAUAGACUGUAUGAAAGUAUACCUGUCUUUUUUAUAUCUGAAUAAAAAAAUCUGUUUGUGUA